ACACUUUAAUUCAUUGACCCCGAAAAGGACCGCCGACUCGCCGCUCGCUGGCCAACUCGCUCUAACUGGCCGGUGAGUUGGCUCGUUAGCUUGUUAGCGUGUUUUUUAGCGUGAGAAAUUGGAUGUGUGGCGGGAGUGCGUGACUAAAGACCGAAAUGAGUGACUGUCACCCUCAAUGCGUGACCCCUGAGUGAACGGUAUGUGAGAGAUUCAUACCUCGAGGAGAUCUUAUGCCGGUAUACCGUCCAGCCUUAUGUCAACGUGAGGUCAGCGGGACGCUCGCUGAGUAACGUGGUGACGGUGCUCAUGUUGGGUCAGAGCUCUAUCUGCAGGCAGAUGAUAUCACAGAAGCAACUCCUGGAAUGCUUGAUCAUUUAUUGAAAUGAAUCGGAAGAGAAUAUAUAUGCGUAUUUGUUCAUUUCAACUUUGAGUUUGUUUAUGUCACACAGAAAGGAACUGGCAUAAUGGUCUCUUUAUGAUCUUUAUUAAAAAAAAAAAACCUUUUGAAUAUAAUUGUCUUCUUCUUUAUUGUCUAAUCAAAUUUGAGUGGUGGUCUGAAGCAUAGUGCAUAUAGGUUAAUAAAAUCAAUAUAAUCCAUUGAACUCUCAGUGAUGCAUCUUCCAAUGUACCCUCAACAACAACAUCAUCACGCAUAUAUUGUGAAUAUUCAAGGUAUCGCAUGGCCCCGACGAAAAGUUGAAUUGCAGUGAUGUAAUGCCCUUUAAAUAAUUGAUAUGUAGAGAAAAGUAAAAGAGGCCAAGUUGUGGGGCAGAAAAAAAUCAAUGAGGGUGAGGGAGCAGCAUGAAAGAAGAAAGGGAGAGAGAGAGAGAGACACACACAGAGGACUGGAGGGAAUCAGAAGAGACGGGCGGUCAGGCUGAUGGAUGUGGACUCCACCCGGGCCGCUUCCUCUCUGCCCGCUCAGUCCAGUGACAAGCAGCUGAGGAGGAAGUCAAGUAUUAUUAUUUCACCGGGACGCGUGAGGGAGGAUGAUCGUUUCUGUUUGCUGAGGAGGGACAGAUGAAGCUCCGGCCUCAGUGUGACGACGAUCCUGUUGUAAAGGCACCGAUAGUCUCCGUCUGAUGACUUCCCAGCCACCUGACGGGCUAGAGUUAGCUGCCCCUCAGAACACCAGUGUGUGUGUGCAGAGGGGUUUGACUGUUCGGAGUGUGUGUUUCCGGCUAAGCAACGUAGUUUGCCACCCAGGUUGGCAGCAUUUCGGGAGUCCCAGGCUACUGCCGGACCUAUUCAGAAAACUGUAGCCUUGGAUAACGGUCCUGUAUUGAGGAGUAGAGCAGCGCCUGACUUCAGACAGCGGUUUCUCCCCGAAACCCAAUCUUAGUUGUACACAUAUUACGGUCUUGUUGACACGUGCAUAAUGCUAACUGGGUUUUUGUGCCCAUUUUGGAAACCCAUCUAGUCGUGAGACGUCUUGCUCAAGGGGUCCCAGCCAUGGAGGGUCUUGAGCAGCUUGACAUGGCGGGCGACAUCAGCCCAGCCCUCGAGGCCACCGAGGACUUCACCCACUGCAUGGAUGGGAUGAAAGGACAACAGGGCCCGAGCCACGCUCAAACGGGGACGCACCAACCGCCCAGGCAGCCGAAGCAGCCGCGGGAGGUCUCCAGCGCCGCGCUGGGCAAGCUGAGCUCCAGCGGCGUGUGGGGCUUGCUGGCCCGAGAGCAGCCAGAGGUGGGGCCUUUAGGCCUGGCCUGGGCCGACAACUUCAGCGUGUUGGGGUUGGGGGUGGGCUUGAGGGCCGGCAAGAGGAGCAGAGCCCGCUCCACCAACGACCUGGCGGCCCAUACCAAGGAGUGCGCCAACAACACCGCCAACUCCGCCGCCAACUCAGCCUUCAAGAAGGGACACAACCGGUCCAGGUCAGACGUCAACUACCGGCCGUCGGCGUACACGGACAACGGGCUGCCCACGUUGGACUCCAACACCCUGAAGAACAUGAUCCUCAACCACCAGCCGGGGGAUGGUAAAAGCACCAGCGUGGUGAAGCAGGGGGCCAUGGAGCAGCGCGAGGGCCCCCGUGGUCGCUGGGCUCCCUGCCACGUGGAGCUGACGCCCUGUGAGCUCCGCCUCUACACCCUGGACAGCAGCGCCAACCGCCAGCUGGGCACCGCCUACUCUCUGUCGCACUGCCAGAGCGUCAUCUCGCCGGCUCCCUGUGGUCCGCCCGGCCAGCCCGCCGACCCGCGCGCGCUCCAGGCCCUGUUCUUCAACAGCACGCGCCUGCAGCUGAGGGCGGCCAACCAAUGGGAGGCGGCGGAGUGGCGGCGCCUGAUGUGGGAGAAGGUGCAGGCGGCCAGGCCGGCGAGGAGGGAGAGCCACCAGCGGAAGGCCGGCUCGGAAAAGCAACAGGUCGUCAACCUCACCGCCGCCGCGUCCCCGUCGGCGCUCGACACCAGACCCGACGGGGACGGCGACGCCCUCUCCCCCCAGCCCAAGUACGGCGUCCUGAGCAGACCCACCAGCCUGCCUCUGUUCAACCAGCGCUGCCAGGACGUCCUCAAAGCCGGUGUGCUCCACCAGCUGUCGAGCCAGAACUCGCGGGCCUUCACCUUCGUCCUGACCAGAUCCGCUCUCCGGGCCUUCGCCACCGAGGGCCGCGGGUCGGUGUCCCAGCCCGUCCUCCAGUUCUCCCUGGCCUCCUGCUCAGCCGUGCGGCACAGUCGGGAGCCCGAACACGGGGAGCCGUGGACACACAGAGGGGACUGCUUCCAGGUGGCUUUCCCCAAAGAGGUGCUCAGACUUCGGGCGGACGAUCACUUCAAGGCCAAGGAAUGGGUGGAGGCCCUGCGGGACGCGGUCGGAGCGCACAGGCCCGCCAAGGAGGAGGCGGGCGGUUCGGGGGAAGGAGCUCCGGCCCUCCAGGGAGUGCUGCUAAGAUCCAAACCCUGCAGGGAGAGGAGACAGCGGGAGGCCCAGAGAGCCAAGCGGCAGUCGGUCACCACGAGCUUCCUCAGUAUUCUCACCUGCCUGGCGGUGGAGAAGGGGCUGACGGCUCAGAGCUUCAGGUGUGCAGGGUGUCAGCGUCCGGUCGGCCUCUCCAAAGGAAAAGCGAAGGUCUGCUUCUACAGCGGCUGGUACUACUGCCAGAGUUGCCAUCAGGACAACGCUUUCCUAAUCCCAGCACGUCUGCUGCACAACUGGGACACCAGUAGGCACAAGGUUUCCAAACAGGCCAAGGAGUUCCUGGAGUUUGUGUACGAGGAGCCUCUGCUGGACGUCCAGCAGCUCAACCCUUGUCUGUACGAGCACUGUGAGCCUCUCAGCACGGUGCUGCGUCUCCGGCAGCAGCUCCAGUCGCUGCGCGCCUACCUGUUCAGCUGCCGGGCAACCGUCGCCGAGGACCUCAGGCGGAGGAUUUUCCCCCGGGAGUACCUGCUACAGCACAUCCACCUGUACUCCAUAGCCGACCUGCAGCAGGUGAUCGAUGGAAAGCUGGCUCCCUUCCUGUCCAAGGUGAUCAAGUUUGCCAGCGCCCACGUUUUCAGCUGCAGUCUGUGUCGAGAGAAAGGCUUCAUCUGUGAGCUGUGCCACAACGAACAGGUCAUCUACCCCUUCCAGGAGAGCGCCACCAAGAGGUGUGACGUCUGCGGCGCCGUGUUCCACGCAGAGUGUCGGCAGAAAGCGCAGCCGUGUCCUCGCUGCGUUCGCAGAGAGCUCCACCACAUGAGGCCGUCCUCCUUCUGGUCACCUGACGACGACGAGGACGACGGCCCCGGGUGCUUUCACCUGCCCUACCAGAACACCUGAGACGCGCCCCAUCCGGAGCGCUGCCAGGCCACGGCGCCGGACAAAGUGCCUGUUAUUCUGAAUACGGCGAGACCGCAGGACGGGUUCUGUGUCUGGAGUUCAGAGAGCCUGGCGCGUGGUCAGGUUUGUGUUUUACUGUGUGUGUACCUGCUAACACACACACGCACACAACUGAGCUCACACUGACAACAGUGAAGAGCAGGAAGUAAACCAACUGGGUUCCACUGCAGCAGUAUUUUGUGAUCAAACGUCAAGGCCGUGCUGGUCCGUCAUGUACGUCCUUUUACUGCUUCACUACUUUCACUCCGUGAUGAGCUGAUGAACGGGAGACUUUAAGCACCGUCUUCCAGCACAAGUUCAGUGAUAAAACCAUUAGAAAAACAACAGAAAAUGUAUUGACAAUUUUAACAAUUCAUGUGGAGAAUCUGUUUUUUUCUUCCCCUUUUGGCUUUUGACCGUUGGUCAAACAAAAUAAUCUAAUCUUGGCAUAAUGAUCUUUUUUUGUCUUUGAAAUGAAAAUAUUAAAGUAUAGCUGCACAUUCUUUUCCAGGUCUGUCUUGAAACAAUAAUGGGACAAAAUAUAAUAAUUCCUUCUGUUCAUAAUGGCAUUUAAAAAGAUCCUUUUCUAAAUCCAGUUCACUGCAAGUUAAUAACUUUCAGCUGCAUUGUCAAAUUAAGAGUAUUUCCUAAAGUUCGGGUUGAUUGUAACAGCAGCGGAUCUUUUAAGACCAGCAGGAACAACGGAUGAUUACAACAAGCACCAACCUGCUCCACAUUACGCUGUGUGGGGAUUAUUUUAAGACAGGCAUGGAAAAAAAAAGUGAACUUGUCCUUUAAUCAGUUUUCCGAUCAUCAAUAGAAGCUUCUCAAACCAUCACUGUAUCACUGUGGGGCGAAAGAGUUUUAACUAUUAUGUUUCAAUCACUUAAAAAAGAUUCUGCGAGCACCAAAUAGAGAUUGAGUCUCCUGUUUGCAUGUCAAGUUCUUUUAGAGACCCGUGAGACUAAGACAAAUAUUUUACAAACGUGAAACAUUAUUCGUUUUACAUAAAAAUAGACUAAGGUUGGACUAAAUUUAUUUGGUGAUGAGUCUUUUACUAUUCUGGGACGUAACCUGCGAUUCAUCAAGGAAAAACAUUAAUAUGGAAACAAUAGUUUAGUUAUCAUCUCGUUGUAAUAGUCAAAUGUACUUCACCUUAUUCUUUAGAUGGGGGGAAUAUUAUUUUUAAACAUAUACAUUGUGCUGCUGGGACGGUUUCAUAAGCUUCAUUUGACGUUCUGAUCACUUCAACCAGUACGACUUGUUGGCAAUGAAAUCUAUUGUGACUGAACCAAUCCAAACAUAUUUGAUUAUACUUUGGGUUCAUUUGGGAUGUAACUGGAGCCAACAAAUUGGGAUGUUUUACUCAUUAAUAACAAUAUUCUAUUAA